UUUCAUCAUCAUCAUAUAAGAAGCAUCCUCUCUUCUUCAUUCUUCCUCACCAUAACAGCCAUUAUUACGCAUUCCUCCGCUUACGAGCGACAGUUUGAGCGCAGUUCAAUUAUCGACUGAUCAUCGUUUGAUUAUAGUCAUGGCUAAGGAAGUGGAGCUGGAGCCGCCGCCAGAGCACUCAGCCAAGGACUACCAGGACCCACCUCCGGCUCCUCUGAUCGAUGCCGAGGAGCUGAUUCAGUGGUCGUUCUACCGUGCCCUCAUUGCCGAGUUCAUAGCCACUUUGCUCUUCCUCUAUGUCACGGUCCUGACAGUGAUCGGCUACAAGAGCCAGACCGACCCCAACAAGCCCGGCGUCGAUGAGUGCGGGGGAGUAGGCAUCCUUGGGAUCGCCUGGGCCUUCGGUGGCAUGAUCUUCAUCCUUGUUUACUGCACCGCUGGCAUUUCUGGUGGUCACAUAAACCCGGCUGUGACGUUCGGGUUGUUCUUGGGACGUAAAGUUUCGCUGAUCAGAGCGAUCCUGUACAUGGUGGCACAGUGCCUCGGCGCCAUCUGCGGAUGUGGCCUGGCGAAGGCCUUCCAGAAGGCCUACUACAACCGCUACGGCGGUGGGGCCAAUGAACUUGCGGACGGGUACAGCAAGGGCACCGGGCUGGGUGCUGAGAUCAUCGGGACCUUUGUUCUUGUCUACACCGUGUUCUCGGCCACCGAUCCCAAGCGGAGCGCACGUGACUCUCAUGUCCCUGUGUUGGCUCCACUUCCAAUUGGGUUUGCCGUGUUCAUGGUCCACCUGGCUACAAUCCCGAUCACUGGAACCGGCAUCAACCCCGCGAGGAGCUUCGGCGCAGCAGUGAUCUACAACAAGGAGAAGGCGUGGGACGACCAGUGGAUCUUCUGGGUCGGGCCCUUCAUUGGAGCUGCCAUCGCCGCCAUCUACCACCAGUACAUCCUCCGCGCAGCCGCCAUCAAGGCCCUUGGAUCCUUCAGGAGCUCUUCUUAAGUCUCGACAAAUAAUAAUCAAUAUCCCAGCAUUCUUGUGAGGAAUAUAUCAUCUUUGCUAGUCCUUUCCUAUUUUCCUUGGCUUUGUGGACAAAAAAAGAAGAAAAAAAAAUUGUAAAUAAGUUCUUGUGUGUAAGUUUGUGUAUUUUGAGCCAAUCUUCAAUUUUAUGCUUUUUGGUUUUGUAUGAACCCUUUUUAUUUUAGUGUCCUUUAUUUUAUUUUC